AGCCAUAUUUUUAGCCCACUAUAUCGAAAACGAUUUACUUAGCGUGAAGUACGGCAGAAUGGUGCAAGAAAGUACGAUGAUCUGUGUGGACAACUCGGAGUGGAUGCGAAAUGGUGACUUUGUUCCUACUCGUUUGCAAUGCCAGCAGGACGCUGCUAACCUGAUCCUGCAAUGCAAAUUGCGAGCCAAUCCGGAAAAUGCUGUGGGACUCCUUUCUAUGGCUAACCAAGUUCAAGUUUUGUCAACCAUGACGCAGGAAAGCGGACGGCUUUUCAUGAAGCUGCAUCAGCUGGAGCCUCAGGGACAGUGCAACUUCAUGUCGGCAAUCAAGAUUGCUCAUUUGGCUCUGAAGCACCGACAAAACAGGAAUCAUAAAAUGCGCAUUGUGAUGUUUAUCGGCAGCCCCAUCGACAAUCUCGAUGCCGCUGAAUUGACCAAGAUAGCAAAAAAGUUGAAGAAAGAGAAGGUGCAGUGCGACGUUAUCUGCUUUGGAGAAGCCGACUCUGAAAACAGCCAAAUUAUGGGGCAGUUUGUGGACACAUUGAAUGGGAAGGAAGGCAAUGGUUCGAAUCUUAUUGUGGUACCAGCUGGAUCUCCCUUGACUGAAGCUUUGGCCUCAUCUGCUGUAUGCCGUGGAGAAGACGGUGGUAAUGCUCCUGUCGUCGGUCCGGGAGGUGGUUUUGAGUUUGGAGUUGAUCCCGAGGACGAUCCUGACCUUGCUCUGGCUUUACGUGUCUCUAUGGAGGAAGAGAGGGCGCGGCAGGCAGCUGAAGCAGCUGCCGCUGCGGCUGCUAACGGAGGACAAGCCCAGGCUUCUGGAGAAUCUGAAAAUGCUCAGAAUGUCGAUGUUAUGGAUAUGGAAAUGGGUGAAAUGACUGAGGAACAACAACUCGAAUGGGCACUUCGAAUGUCGAUGCAGGAUUCAUCAACUCCGGCAGCAGCGCCACAGCCAGCAGCUCAGUCUCAACAAGCUGAAGAGACCAUGGAUGUGAGCACAGCGCAAGUGGAUAAUCUGGACGAACUAAUUAACAACCCGGAACUUUUGCAACAAAUCAUUGAUGAUCUGCCAGGUGGUGAAAAGAAAGAGGAGGAAGGGAAACCAAAGAGCGAAGAUAAGUGAAUGGGUUGUAUUGAAAUGCCUGUGUACUUGUGUAACUGAAUGUGUGUCGCGCUAAACUGAUAAAUAUUUUGGGACUGUAUAAA